AUGUCACACCGACGCUCCCUCGCCGCCCCCUCCGCCCCCUCCGCCUCCUCCUCCUCCUCCACCGCCACCACCGUGACCCCCCUCCCCGCUUACGAGCCCCCCUUCACCCCCAUCACCCCCGCCGCCCUGCAAACGCUCACCGCCCUCUCCGAGAACCACGGCCGCCCCACCUCCAUCGACAAGCUCUGCCACGCCACCACGCAAGCCCUCAACCGGCUCAGCGAGACCGCCGCCGACCUCGCAGACCACGUCCCCGCCGCCGACGCCGCCGCCGACAUCGACAGCGACACGGAGGCGCGCCAGGCGCUGCUCGACGAGCUCGAGGCCCAGGCGCGCGCGCUGGUCGACCAGGCCAAGGUUGCGGGCGACCUGAAGGAGGUGCUGGGGCUCGCCGUGCGCGACGCGCGCGACGGGAGGGAGGAGGCGCGGAGGGGCGCGGAGGAGGUGGGGCUGGACGCGGUGGUGGUGGGCGAGGAUGAGGGCGUGGUGGGCGGGUUUCGGAAGAGGAUGGCUGAGAGGAGCGUCCAUUACGAUGGGCUCAGUAUGAGGGCAAAAUACGGCACCGUCGCCGAAUACGUCCAGUUCCGGCGCAUGGUGUGGGCCUCGCAGCGCGGCGACGCAAACAUGCCCAAAGUAUCCACCUGGUUCCGGCACCUCGAGGGCGGCAGCGGCGGCGGCGGGCGCAGCAGCAGCAGCAGGCCGUCGCACGCCCCAGACUCGGAGGACUCCGACUCGGACAUUGAGAUUGCGCAGGAGCGGCAGUCGUACCAGUGCCCGCUGACGCUGCGGACGUUUGUCGAGCCGUACACGUCGACCGUGUGCCCGCACUCGUUUGAGCGCGACGCCAUCCAGGACUACAUCCGCAAGGGGCCGCGGGCGGGCGUGAGCUGCCCCGUGCCGGGGUGCUCGAAGAUGCUGAGCCUGGCGACGGUGCGGCUGGAUGCGCUGCUGCAGAGGAAGGUGAGGAGUGCGGCGGCGAGGGCGAGGGAUAGGGCGGAGGAGCAUGAGGAUGGGGGGGGGGAUAGCGAGGAUGAGGGGAUGGUGGAUGUGGAUGCGGAUGCGGAUGAGGGGGGGGUGGCGGUGAAGAAUGAGAGGAGGGGUGGGAUGGGGAGACGGGGGAGGGGGAAGGUGGUGGCGGUUAGUGAUGAGGAGGAUGAGGAUUAG